UGCUGUGUGCUGCACCAAGAGGACACACUGUACGUCACUAUAUCAUUGCUAAAUUCAGGCCACAAGGUCAACAUGACUUGUAUAGCCUCAUUGACCAUCUCCUAGACUCAAAUACUCUUAGGGAUAUAGUCGGGGAAUAUCCUCAGUUUGCUCCCAGACUGUAGGAUGUUUAUGCAAUAAAGUGUGCAAUAUCUGUAUAUAUUUAUUUAUUUAAGUACUUGUAUUUGUUAUGUAUACCAAACAACACGCCCAAAUUUUACAAAUUUAGCCGAAAAAACGGCCAUCUGGCAACUUGCUCAAGGAUAUACUCAAGGAAUAUCCUACGUUUGCUCCCAGACUGUAGGAUAUAUUUAUGCAAAAAGAUGUGCAAUAUCUGUAUUUAUUUGUUUACUUAUAUUCUUGUAGUGUAUACUAUCUUUCUUUUUGUUGUUUUUUUAUACUCUACCCUUAUGUCUUUGUCCAGGGGGGUGGGUGGCAGGGUCCAUUAUCCUCCUUUGUUGUAUUUGAUUAUUAAUGCAGCAAUAAAUGCAUCAAUCAAUCAACUAGGUAUCGUAGCAAAGGUUUACCAUCACAAAAUAUAAUUAUAUCUCGAAAUAAACAUAAAUUACUUCCCAAAGUUAUUUUUUUACAUGUAAUACGAACCUUUUUCUAACAUUUUAAAACACGCAUCACUGAAGUGUCAACAUUGGAAGGGUUGGCUGACCUGCGCGUCUCAUUCAAACAUUGUUGUGAGUUGCGAACUUGCGAGUAUUGCCUGCCAGGCUGCUAGGUGGUGUGGCAGUGAAGGAGUGAACACAGAAGAAUUACGAUAAAGCUAUGUGUGAAGGACAAACCCUGGAUAAUUUGCCGAUUCAGGGAUGAUGGUGGAGACAAUGGAGGGUCAUGUCUUGGAGGAGUGGGCAGUGGCGCGCACCGAUUCCGAAGUGCCUUAUUAUGUGAACCAUAGUCGAGGUGUGACUCAGUGGGACCAUCCGGAGUAUGUACGCAUCUUUGAAGAAAUCCAGUCACUGAACACUGUGAAGUUCGCAGCUUAUCGUACUGCCUGCAAGCUGAGGCGUCUGCAGACUAGACUGAAAUUGCAGGAUGUGUCACUGCAGAGUGUUGCCACAGCCUUUGACAGUGCAGGACUGAGAGCUGGAGAAAACAGUGACCUGGUGGAAGUUAAGCAGGUAGAAGAGGUAGUGCUGAAGAUAUUACGGAGUGCUCACAAACACCGUCACAGCCAGGCUGCUCUUGCCACUCAACUCACCAUCAAUCUCCUGCUGAACAUCUAUGACUUAGGCAGGAGUGGUAUGGUGCAGGUACUAGGAUGCAAGGUGCUGCUUGUGGUGCUGUGUGGAGGCCGUCUGCAGGAGAAGUAUCGCUAUCUUUUCAACCAGGUAGCUGAUCACAACAAUUGCUGCACAAGACGACGACUUGCUUCCAUCUUGCGGGACCUGGCACGUAUACCAGAACUUCUAUCAGAGCAGCCUUCCUUUGGUCUGUCACUGGUGUCAGCAGCAGUGGAGAGCUGUUUCAAGGAGGUGGAAGGUGAGGUGGGGAUAACGGAGGAGGUGUUGUUGGACUGGCUGCUGCAAGAACCUCAGACCCUCGUUUGGUGGACUACUCUGUACAGGCUUACUGCUGCAGAACUUGUGUGCCAUGAUGUGAAGUGUGGAGUAUGCAAGCAACGCCCCAUCAUUGGCUUGAGAUACCAGUGUUUGCAUUGCCUUGGCUACAACCAGUGCCAAGACUGCUUCCUGCAUGCACGCACUUCUCGAGGUCACAAACUUUCUCACCCCAUCCAGGAAUAUUGCCAUGAGACCAGUGGAAAGGAAUGGCGACGAGCACUGAUGAAAAUAAUGAAGCAUCGUUUGAAGGGGCGGUCGGGAUGUAGAAAGCCCAGGUACCUGGCCAUCCCCUCCAGCCCUUCAUUAGUUUCAGAUGAGAACAGUGUGGUAUGUGAGGGCCAGAACAGUGUUUCCUGGAGUGAGGGUAGUGAGGAUAACCAUCAUCAAGAGGAAGAGGAAGAAGAAGAGGCACUUUUCUCACGUACAAUCCUUAAUGUAUCCCAUGAGAGUGAGGAAGAGUCUAGACAUAACAGGGAUGAUGAUAGGGGCUUCAGAGGGACAGAACCCGUCAUUCUUCCCACCUCCCCACGUCACCAGAUUCACUCAGUUAUUGUACACCUUCAGGAUGGUCAUAGACAAUUGGAGGAGGGAGCUGCAGGGACUGUGGUGGAGGAGUACACACAGCAGCUUCAAACACAAAUCAACAAACUCAAACAGAUUCUUCAGAAAGUUAACUCGGGUCCCAGCCGAGAGCAUCAUGGCAGCGGCAGACAACCCCGAGCAGCCCUUGAAGUAGGGAGGGUAUUGCCCCGCCUGGAGAGUACACCCAUCGUUGGUGAACGUGGACUGCUUCUCAACCUCUCCCCUAUCAUCACUCGCUCCUCACAUGAUGACACUGCUGUGAUGGACAACAAGGAGAACCAUUUGGUUGAGAACCCUAAUAGAUAUCAACAUAAGGAAAGUUGUGGUGUAGAACAAAGGAGGACUCCAUUUACACCAUGCCAGACAAACACUUAUCUCACUGCAGAUUAUAGUGGAGAAAAAAAUGUACCCCAGGUAACAGGACUACCCAGUUUUACUGAGGUCAACUUCAGUGACCUUACUUCAAUGUGUUGUAGUGCAGGGUCUUCUUCAGAGAGCCACAUGGAGAUGGAAAGAGCCAAACAAACUGGAGAUGCCACAUCCAGUGACAUGAAGCAAGAAUUGGAGGACAUUUUGGUACAACUCGACCAGAUCUUCCUUUCAGCUGAGUCACAAAAUGACAACAAGCUUGCAAAGGAUGACAAUGGUGUGGUGGAAGCUGCCUGUGAACUUGGGGACAUUUUGGCUGAGUAUGUGAAUGCUGUUCCCAGCCAACCUGACUGAUGGCUAUUUAGAUUUACAAUGGUGGUUUGUCUUCCUGGAUUUUGUAAUAUUAUUAUUAUGAAAAGAAGCUAGCUUUGUUGGGUUUUACCAGUUAUGUACAAAAACUUAGGGUAGUAACAAAAAUGUUUAAAAUGUAGUUCAGAAGAUUUGCAUAUAUAUAUUGAUGCACAUUUGUUGCUUUUACCAUACACCAAGCAUUUUGACAUUGUUACCUAUAGUAAUAGUGAUGCACUGUGAGCACAAUGGAGGCUUUGUUUGGAGAGGAUUGCAUAUAUCAUUUCUUUACUUUUUAGUAUACUUAGAAUUGUGCAGAUCUGUAAUUAAUUGUAAUGAGAUUCACUAUCCAUGUGUGAUAAAAUAGACUGGGCAGUUAUAAGUGAAAGGUUGUCAACCAUAUCUAUUUGCUUAUGACCAAUUAUAGCCAUUUAGACUUCUAAGUCAUGCAAUUAUGGCUUGAGUAAAGUGUUUUUACACAUAAGUUCAUUGCAUUCAACAACUUACAGAACCAUCAAGUAGAAAUGAGUUACAUGUGUUUUCUUCAUCAGAACUGAGGGUCGUGUUAGUAAGGUAUGAAAAAGUGGUGUCUGUCUUGUCUACUUCAUAUUUUUCAUAAAAAUAAAUAGACGUUCGUAUCAUUGCAUG